AUGGGAACUACCCCGCAGCAAGUUACUUCCCUGACAGAGUUCUUGGUGGUUGAUCGGCCUUUAGUAUACAAUAUCAUAUUAGGUCAACCUUUGCUUAAUGUAGUUCAGGUUGUAACAUCAACGUACCACCUCAAGAUGAAAUUCCCUACUCAACACGAGAAAGGGAUGGUCAAGGGAGAUCAAGCAGCAGCUCAGAACUACUACGUAAUGGCCCUAAAAGGAAAGAUGAAGGCAAAAGAAACCCUUAUUGUGGAAGACCUAGAUGUAAGGGGGGAAUACCCCCAAAUCAGCACAGUGGAUGAAGACAUCACGUGCAUACCUCUAAAUGGCCACCAAGAGAGGUGCGUACAGAUCAGGAGUUGCCUACCUAACACCUUGAGAGCCAAGCUAAGUGAAUUGCUGAAUGAAUUCAUAAAUGUGUUCGCCUGGUCGACCGAAGACAUGCCAGACAUUGAUCCUGCCAUCAUAGAGCACAGGUUGCAAGUUAACCCCAACCACCGAUAUGUGAAACAGAAGAAAAGGAGUUUUUCCAUGGAGCGAAUCAAGGUAAUUGAUGAGGAGGUAACAAAGUUGGUGCAAGCCAACUUCGUCAGGGAGGUAAACUACCCGGAAUGGCUAAGCAACGUGGUUAUAGUGAAAAAGCCGAACGAAAAAUGGCUCACCUGCAUAGACUUCACAGACCUAAAUAAGGCAUGUCCGAAGGACAGCUUCCCUCUCCCUUGA